AUGCUGCUCUCCCGGUACCGUUUCUCGAGGCUGCUGAGAUCUCUUCGCCAAUAUCGCCGUCCUCUCCUGCAAAUCAUCGCCCUUCUUUUCGUUAUCGACGCCCUAUGUCUCAUCGCGGACCGGCCGCAGACCGUCCGAACGCCUCUCCUGCCCCGAACCACUUCGGGCGUCUCGAAGAAACACGAUGCGUCUGCAAACACGACCAUUUUCAUCGCUUCCGUGCAUCGUAACACCGAGGGUAUACUAAAGUCAGCAUGGAACAAAGCGGUUCUCGACCUCGUGGACUUCUUGGGGCCUCCCAAUGUCCAUAUUGUCGCACUGGAGUCCGGCUCCCAAGACCAGACCAAAGAAGCCUUGACCCAACUAAAGGAGCAACUGGACGCCCGCCAUGUUUCCAACACGGUUGUCUUGGGUAUGACGGUGUGGGAGCAGCUGGAGGAGCUGGAUGCCCGUCCGGAUCCCCAGGCGCCCAGGAAAGAGGGCUGGAUCUGGAACAAGGAGGACAGCCACUACGAUAUGAGGAGAAUCCCAUACCUGGCCCGGGUCAGAAACCAGGCAAUGGAGCCUCUGGCAGCGCUCCAGAAAGAGGGCAGGACGUUUGACAAGGUGUUGUGGCUCAAUGAUGUGGCAUUUGACACCGAGGACUUCCUGACUCUCCUCCAUACGCGCGACGGUUCUUAUGCCGCCGCCUGUAGUAUGGACUUCAAGGAAUAUCCGCUCUAUUACGAUACAUUUGCCUUACGGGACGAACAGGGGCAGAAGGCUGUAUCGCUAUACUGGCCGUGGUUCCUGAGUCUAGAGGCCAGGAGGGCAACGAAGCGAGGAGAGCCUGUCCGCGUCAAGUCAUGCUGGAACGGCAUGUUGCUCUUCGAUGCGGCACCGUUCUACGCAGACCCGCCACUCAAAUUCCGGGGCCUACCCGACAGUCUAGCGGAUCUGCACCUGGAAGCAAGCGAAUGCUGUCUGAUCCAUGCAGACAAUGCGCUGAGCACGGAGCAGGAGAAGGGUGUGUGGUUGAACCCUAAUGUCAGGGUGGGCUAUAACGAGGAAGCAUACCAAGAUAUUAGGGGGCACAAAUUCCCCGGCGUUGCCGCGACGGUGACGGGAGCAUGGAUAAACCGAUGGCAACGCUGGAGAGGCAGUGUGCAGCAAACUCUGGAACAAAUUCCCGUGCAGACGAGGCUGGCCCAGUGGAGGGAAUCUGUUCCUGAUGGCGGCCUGCCCAGGAUCGAACCCGGCGACUUUUGCAUAAUCAACGAGAUGCAAAUCAUGUGGCAGAAUGGCUGGAAGCAUCUCUGA